GCGGCUAUUGAGUUUGAUUGAGAGAUUGAGGUAUUUUUUUUAGGAAAAAUGUUCGUUUAUUCAGUCCGAUUUUUGAAAAAAUAACAUUUCUGUAUUAAUGGGGCUAAGGAUUUAUUCUUAGAUUCUGAGAUCUAGUAUUUUUUUAUCAUUUUGAGGUGGAUUUUAUUCAUUCGAGUUUAGAUCACUUGACCACAUGGGAUGGGAAAUGCAUCAUUGUUCUUUUCCACUUUCUGAAUACAUCUAUUCCUUACACUUAAUUUUUAACUCAAAUAGAGUUGAAAAUACCUGAGAAAGUACUUUGAAAGUUAAUUUAUAAAUGUAAUUUCAUCUGUGGCUUUGUAAAUAAUAACAAAAGCUUUCGCUGAGUAAGCAGUUUUCCGAGACAAAACAUUGAAGUGUUAUAAAGUCUAUAUCGAUAUUUAAGAGAAAAGCAAUGCUUCGUUCUUCAAGUCUUUAUUUGGUUAUCUUCUUCUGGAUUCUGGUUUUUAUCAUUAAUGCUUUACUCAAGAAUUAUAGAAGGUAUUCUCGCAGAUACGAAGAACUUUUAGAAGAAAAUGGCAUCUCAUUAUUGCCAUGUCAGAUUCGUUGGUACACAACACGAUUCAACAGAUGGUUUAUCAAGCUCGGCAAAUUCCAUUCAUAUUUUCUACAUAUUUGGUUCACAAUCGGCACAUGGGUUGGUGUGUUUAUGAUGUUUGUGUCUGUUGGAGUACUGUCGUUGACUCUUUAUAAAGCAUUCACUAAAGAAGCACCUGAACAGAUCUUAACACCAGUGAUGCCUGGAGUCAACCUUCCCUGGAGUCAAAUUCUAUAUUAUUUGAUAACCCUUGCUAUUAGUGGGAUAUACCAUGAAAUAGGCCAUGCCAUAGCUGCCGUUAGAGAGCAAGUUCGUGUCAAUGGUUUUGGCCUAUUUUUCAUGGCCAUCUACCCUGGUGCUUAUGUCGACCUUCAUACUGACCAUCUCAAGCUGGUAUCAUCUCUUCGGCAGCUAAGAAUAUAUUGUGCAGGGGUCUGGCAUAACAUUGUUCUAGCCCUCUUAGGGUUGCUGUUGCUAUGGCUACUUCCAUAUAUUAUUGUACCUCUGUAUAUGACUGGUCAAGGUGCAGUAGUGAAGCAGGUUAUGAAGAAUUCUCCAGUGUAUGGUAGCAUUAAGAGGGGGGAUACCAUACUUUCAGUAUACGGAUGUCAGGUGUAUAACAAAGAUGACUGGUUUCACUGUGUGUCUAAGACUCUCCUCAAGCCACAGCACGGAUACUGCAGUGAUAUGAUCACCAUUACCAGGAAGAAUUCGUCUACUGGAGGGGUAUAUGUUGAUGGAGUGUUUGAUUGCUGUAGGAAUGCCACAUCUUCAAGAUUUUGUUUCACAUACCAGUCAAUUAGCCAAGCUAAGGGAUAUGCAUGUCUCCCUGCUCGUACCACGAUGCAGACUAAAAAAUUUUGCAAUCAACCAGAAGAUUGUGCAGGACCAGGUGACAAAGCAUGUGUGCACCCAUCACUGGACAAUUCCAGUCGUCUACUUAGAAUAAUAAGAAGUCGUGACUUGGAUGUAUUGUAUGUAGGAGAUCCAAGACUGCUUACAUAUACAGUUGUAGUCACAGACUUUAGUCCCAGAAGUCCACUUCUUCCUCUCGAACUUCCCACCAUCAUACAGACAUUUCUCAUAUAUCUUGUGUCAUUGUCGGGAGCUUUGGCACUCCUCAACAUGGUACCUUGUUACUCUCUGGAUGGUCAAUGGGCUCUUUUUGCCCUGGUAGAAUAUUCACUAGUAGAUCUUAUCCCAAAUGAAGAUCAAAGAAACACUUUAUGUAAUGUUAUAUUGACAUUGGGUACUCUUCUCUUGGCAGCUAACAUCACUCUUGCAUUAUGGACUCUCGGAAAUGUAUAAUGAGUAUAAUAUAUACAAUUAUAAUCUCAUAUCAUUUUUACGGUGAUUUAUAUAGUAUUUAUAUUUAACUUAUUUUUAAUAAAGGUCAGUUGAUGUGAA